AUGAAAGCCACCAUAUUUAUCCUCGCUUCUCUGUCUGUCUUGGGGGCUCUUGCAAGCCCCCUCGACAAGAGAGCAGACCGCGGGUCCGAGAAUGUCCCCGGUAUUGGCUCGCGCAAGCAGGCCAUUCUAAAUGCAGGCGGCAAUACUCUGGACAUUGCUAUCGCCAUGCUGGAAACCAAAACUCUGACGACCGAUUAUGUCUACGGCGAUACAAAGACCGAAGAUGCAGCUAAUUUCGGUCUUUUCAAGCAGAACUGGGGAAUGCUUCGAGUAUGCGCAACCAGAUACGGACUGGCAGGCCAACCGCGGAGCUCAUGGAAUAACGGAGCUCUACUCAAUACCAACAUAUACGCGGAUGUUGCCUCUCGAUGGGACUGCCAGAAUUAUUAUGGGACGGACCUUUGGUUCGCGGGGCACCGUUUUGGCUCAAGCGGGCUGGAAAAUCCUAACACGGAGGAUAUCAAUAGUAUGCCUUUCUCCCAUACCCGGCGAUUGAUAUUGCCAUGCAGGAGGUCUAACGCGUUAUGUAUAGAGUACAAGAGUGCUGUGUACUGGAUCCAGCAGCAGAUUGACAGUAACUCCGUUUACAAAUCUGAUGAUACCAGGUUUUGGGUGGAUGUUACUGCUAUCUAG